ACGGACAGAAAAUGAGCAUGGAAGGAGAUUGGAUGUGUGCUGCAUGCCAACACCUAAAUUUCAAGAAACGGGAUGCAUGCCAACGAUGUAGCUGUUCCAAAUAUGCAACAACGACCGAUGUUUACAUGUAUGGACUAAACAAAACAGAAGUCCUAGCUGGAGACUGGUAUUGCAGUGCCAUAAACUGCGGUUCUCACAACUACGCAAGCAGAACAAGCUGUUAUAGAUGUGGUGCCUUAAAAAGUGAUUAUUAUGGUAACGGGGCGGGAAUGAUAGCAUCAACAGGUUAUGGAUAUGAUGCAAGUGCUUGUCCUGGUUGGAAGAGUGGUGAUUGGAUUUGCAGCAGAUUAGGAUGUGGUACGCACAACUAUGCCAGUAGAGCAGAAUGUUAUAAAUGCAAGAUGCCUAGGGAUUUUGGAGAUGACCUGAGAGAAAAUGAAUUAUAUUGAGGGACGAGGCGACAUUAAGUUUUUAUUGAAGAUUUACUUGAACUCAUAACCUUAUGUUUUUUUUUUCCUUUCGCAUUCCGUUUAUUUUCUAUUUUCUUGUUUCUUUAGAUCAA